AUGGGGCGGCUUCCUUUGGUUCCCCUGUCCAAGGCGAGGGAGAGAGAGAGUUACGAGGAGAGAGAAGCAGAGGAGAAUGAGAAGAAGGCAGGAGAAAGAAGGGAAGGGGAAAAAGGCGGCGCGGUGGUGCUUGAGCACCGGGCAAAGUCGCCGGCGUGGCGAAUAGCAGCGCAGGGAGACAGGGUCGAGCGCUCUUGCUCGGGGCCUCGGCAACAACUUGGUGGGAUCGAGGGGAGGAGAAAGUGGAUCUGGCAAGCGGCGGCAGAUUCAAGACCAGAUACCUGGUCCAGAAUCCAGAUAGCCACCUUCUUCUUCCUCUGCAAGCCGGGGCAGAUUCACCCACUCCGUACAGCAGUAUUCCCUCGACCUCGCCCUCGCCCCAGCCGACCGGACUGGGAAAGCGAGAGCGAGAUGCCGACGCUGACGAAGCUGUACAGCAUGAAGGAGGCCGCCCUCCACAACACCCCCGACGACUGCUGGAUCGUCGUCGACGGCAAGAUUUAUGAUGUGACCGCGUAUUUGGAUGACCAUCCUGGGGGUGCUGAUGUGCUGCUUGCCGUGACUGGUAUGGAUGGCACCGAGGAAUUUGAAGAUGCGGGCCACAGCAAGGAUGCCAAGGAGUUGAUGAAAGAUUACUUCAUUGGGGAGUUGGACUUGGACGAAACACCUGACAUGCCUGAGAUGGAGGUUUUCAGGAAAGAGCAGGACAAGGACUUCGCCAGCAAGCUGGCGGCUUACGCUGUGCAGUACUGGGCCAUUCCGGUAGCAGCAGUUGGGAUAUCAGCCGUGCUUGCUAUAUUGUAUGCUCGAAGGAAGUGAUGAUCGGUUAUAGGUUGAUUGAAGGACCAUUUUGGGGUAACCAACACAUUUAUAGCUGGUUAUGGAUGGAGAGAUUAUGUACUUCUGUCCAAAGGGGAAGACACAUUGCUGUAUUGAGCCCUUAGGUACUUGAGUCAAAUAUUUGUCCACAAAAUUGGUGGUACUAUUUUGUCAAUAUGUCAUUCAAUGGAUAGAUUCAUUUCAAGACCUGAACCAUGUGUGUGAUGUAAACCCUCUUACGCCUUGA